CAGAAAUUAAUCCCCAUAUAAAAGAUGAAAAAAUGUAACAAGCAAGCUCUAACUGAGCGGGGGCUAUAAGAAGGCGUGUGGUAUUCUCAGGCCGCAACCACCUAGAUCCCGACCACACAGACAAAAUGACAGCUCGCCAAGCAGCACUGCCGGUUUUGUUUGCCAUCCUCGGUCUCGCCCACGGCUACGACACCACUUUCUGUGCGGACAAAGCCACGGGGCUGUACGCUGACCCUAAGGACUGCACCAAGUACUACAACUGCUACAGCGGCGUCACCUACUCCAUCCCCUGCCCGCCCACGCUCAGGUUCAACCCGAUCUACUCCGUCUGCGACUGGCCCGCUAACGUCUUGUGUGAGGAGGUCGUCACUCCCGCUCCGGAAACUCCCGAACAGCAAUCGACACUGCGCACAACGCAAUCGCCAGCUGUCGGUACUUCCGGAUCCGGUUAUGUCUCGCCAACUUCCCCACAAGCUGCCAAGACGACUGCCAAAGACGUCGGCGUGGUCCGACCGUCGCCGAUCUUCUGCCGCGAGAGGGCGGACGGUCUGUACGCGGACCCAGCCGACUGUAAUGGGUUUUACCAGUGCCACCGCGGCUACACGUAUCGCCUGUCGUGUGGCAGCGGCCUCCAGUUCAACCAAGACCGCCAGUACUGCGACUGGGAGUAUAACGUCAAGUGCGUCUCUGUCAAAAACGCCGACCCCGUUAGAGGGCAAGGAACCACCACAUCGUCAAAUCUACCGCAGACAAAUCCCACGGCGUCAAACCUACCAACCACAUCAAGGGUACCUCAGUCCACACAGAGAAAUCCCAAUUCAUCCGAGCCGAGCACCGGACAAGGGUGUGGCCGAGUCGUCUGUUAUUUCCCCAACUGGGCUAGUUAUAGAUUUGGUGGCGCCAGUUUCAACGUCCGCGACAUUGACCCCUUUUUGUGCACCCACAUCAUCUACGCCUUCGCCACUCUGAGAGGAAACAGGUUAGUCGCCCUUGAGAGUCGAGACGAGCCGUACGGCGAUGACAUCGGAAAUUACGCAAGGGUCACGAACCUGAAGAACAUCAACCCGCGCCUGAAGGUUUUGCUAGCAGUGGGAGGCUGGUCCAUGGGAACAGCGGCUUUUACCCUAAUGGCGUCGACAGAACAGUCUAGACAGGAAUUCUUAAACUCGACGAUUGAGUUCUUAAGAAAGAGAAACUUUGAUGGUUUAGACUUCGACUGGGAGUACCCGGCGAUAGGGAGCAGCCCCCCACAAGACCGGGGACUCCAUGCCUUGUUAUGCCAACAGCUCCGCGCGGCGUUCGACGCCGAGGCAGUAGGUGAGAAAAGACUGUUGCUCACCGCAGCCGUGGCUGCCGGCAAAGGCAUCAUCGACGUGGCCUACGACGUGCCUCGUUUGUCCGCCGCGGUGGAUUUCUUCAACGUGAUGGCGUACGACCUCCACGGGGCCUGGGAUCGCAGGACGGGCCACCACAGCCCCUUGAGCCGCGGGUCGUGGGAGACAGGGGCGGAGGAGUACCUAAACGUCGAGUGGGUGGCCAACUACUGGGUCAGCCUAGGCGCACCCAAAUCUAAACUCGUCAUUGGCAUGCCGUUGUACGGGCGAUCGUUUACGCUCGAAAAAGAUACACCAUUCAUAGGAGUCGGCGCCCCGAUCUUGGGGGCCGGCCAACCCGGGCCGUACACCUCGGAGGCUGGAAUCCUGGCCUACUACGAGGUGUGUGUUUUGCGAGCGGGCGCUGAUCAAGUAUACAUAGAGAGCCAGAAUGUGCCGUACUUAGUGAAGAACGACCAGUGGGUGGGGUAUGAGGACCAGGUCAGCUUGAGGGCAAAGGUCACGUUUACAAAACAGAACGGCUUUGGGGGUGUCAUGGUGUGGGACAUGUCACACGACGACUUUAACGGAGAAUUCUGCGGUGAAGGGAACUAUCCUUUGGUCAAGGCCAUCAAUAAUGCAUGUGCAGUGUAAAGUUGAGCUGUCAAAAAUCAAACGGUACUUUUAUAAUGAUAGACACAAGCCACCAGGAACCAUUACUCUUAGCUGAUCUUAACUAAAAUAUUAUCUCCCUUCGUUUUGACCAAUAUUUUGGUUCAUAUCUUUAAAAUCAACACCCGUUUUUAGUUAUUAGAAAAUGAAUAAAACUACUUGACAAUUUUAAGAAUUAAAAUUAAAUUUAACGGAUAUUUGAAGCAUAAAAGAUUGAUAUAUAACAACAGUAAAAUUAAAAGCAAUUUAAAAGUACAAAGUUUUAUAACAUUGUUUCUGUACAUAGAUUUAGUAGGUUUAAAUAAAUGAAUGCUACAUUGUGUUUAAUGCCACCCCCCCCCCCCACUACCCGGUGAUAGAGUAUUUGAUUAUUUUAAUACAAGAAGGACUAGUGAAGUUUAUUUUUAUUUAUACAAAGAUUGUGUAGGGAAAGAACAACACAUUAAGUGUGGUUUACACCUAUAAGUUUGCUGAUAAAAUAAUCAGAAAAAUAUUUCUGUAUGUAAAUAAUUUGAUUGAUAGGAGUAG